AUGAAGUCGUGUGCCCUGCCGAUUCUGCUCUUGCUUGGCACUACAUUCACGAUCACCUCCGCGAAGAGUUCCAAGCCCUGGUUCUGCCAUGAUCUUGAUUGUCCCGAAUACGAUGUGGUAGAAAAGAACGAUGAUUACGAAGUGCGUGAGUACAGCAAAGGCAAAUGGGCCUCCACUAAGAUUGAGGGCUACCUUUACUCCGCUAGCAUCGUCCAAGGAUUCAAGCGCCUUUUCGAUUACAUCAGCGGCGAGAACGAGCCCCAGGUGAAGAUCAACAUGACAGCACCUGUGGUCACAAAGGUGGAGCACGGCGACGGGCCUUUCUGCAAGAACAACUUCACAAUUUCGUUCUUCGUGCCGUUCUCUGAGCAGGCGCGUGACGACACACCAAAGCCGUCAAGCAAGGAUGUGUUCAUUCAGAGCACGCCAAGCGCAACCUUCUUUGUAUCUCAAUAUGGAGGUUUCGGCAUGGAUGACAUCACCAUUUCAGCAAAGGCUGCAGCCCUUGCAAAGAAGCUGCUGGCAAAGGGUGAGAGCUUCCAGGAGGGUGUCUUCUUCACAGCUGGCUAUGACCCGCCGUUCCGUCUGCAGAACAGGCACAAUGAGAUCUGGAUCCUGAAGAAGGAGGCCCAGUCUGUGCUGACAAAGGAGUUCGCGUCUUGAAGUGAAUGGAGUGCUGUGGCCAAUAGUUACUAUGGUUUUGCAUGUUUUCUUCAGUCAACGAGCAGGCGCCAUUGAGAAUGAGCAGGAGCUGUAGCAUCUCAGUGUGGGCGCUGCAAGUCCCCAAGACUGCUGAGAUCCGCCACUGCUAUUGUGUGCAUCUAGUGCUUAUCGAUAAGCAGAUAUCUGCUGGAACAUCAAUUUCAGGGAACGCUUAAGAGGCAGUUCGCUGCCACUGAUUGCGGUGUUGCUGCUCUCUAUGUUUGGCAUGCACGGAUUGUUGCCGUACAGCGCUAGCUACAGCAUUCCAAUCACUUGUUGAGCACGGCCAGCCCGCAUUGCAUGGCAUGGCAUGCGGCGCAUGCUGCGCACCGGUGCCCUGUCAAAGAUUCUCAAGC